GCCAAUCCCGCGGCGCCGGGGCGGGCCCGUCCCGCCCAUCCCGGCGGGCGGCGAUGAUCCCGGAGCGUGGAGCCUGCGGUUGCCGGGGCAGCUGCGGGAUGAGACAUUCCCCCAUGGAUGUGUGCAUGUGCCAGGGGGUCCUGCCGGCCCACGCCGACCCCCGCGGGGAGCUGAGCGCCGGGCAGCUGCUCCGCUGGAUAGACGCCGCCGCCUGCCUCGCAGCUGAGAAACAUGCUGGUGUGUCCUGCGUGACAGUGUCCAUGGAUGACAUACAGUUUGAGGAGGCUGCCAGGGUGGGACAAAUUAUUACCAUCAAAGCAAAGGUGAACAGAGCGUUCAGAACCAGCAUGGAGGUUUGCAUCAAGGUUACAGUACAGGAUGUUUUGACUAAUAUUGAAAAAACUGUGAGUGUGGCAUAUGGAACAUAUGUAGCCAAACCAGUUGGUGCUGGAAAGGUUGAGUUAGAACCUGUAAAGCUUCUGUCUGCAGAAGACCACCUGGAGCACAGCCUGGCUAUUGAGAGGAGAAGAAUCAGACUGGGCUAUUUCCAGAUCUUUCAGAACCUAAUGAAGGAGAGUAAUAAGGAAGGUGAUUGCAUAAAAGAUGCUGAGAAGAACAAAGAUCAGAAUGCAAUUUCAAUUGAACUUACUCAUGUACAGAGUAUUGAGCUUGUCCUGCCUCCUCAUGCAAACCAUCAUGGAAACACUUUUGGUGGCCAGAUCAUGGCUUGGAUGGAGACAGUGGCAAGUAUUUCAGCAAGCCGCCUUUGUCGUUCAUACCCUGUCCUGAAAUCAGUGAACAUGUUUAAGUUCUGGGGACCCUCCUUUGUGGGCGACCACCUCGUCUUCAACGCCAUUGUGAACAACACCUUCCAGAACAGUGUGGAGGUUGGUGUCCGUGUUGAGGCUUAUGACUGUGAGGAGUGGAUCAAGGACCAGCCACGGCACAUUAACAGUGCAUUCCUCAUCUUUAGUGCUGUGAAUGACAAAGGACAGCUGCUCCCCUUCCCCAAAGUCAAACCCACAACAGAGGAUGGUAUGAGAAGAUACCAUGGAGCUAUUGCCCGAAGGAGAAUUCGUCUAACCAGAAAAUGCAUGCUCUCUGCUAAAGGAGAUAAACCUUCUGAACCCUGGGAGAGAAGCAACCAGGCAUAUUUGAGUUACAACAACGUAGCAGCACUGAUACACCUGGCAGCAAAACCAGGAUGGGAAAUAAAUAGGACGCUGGAUGAUAUAAAAUUAUGGACUCUUGAGGAGGGUGAUGUGAUAUCUUUCAAGGUUGAAAUGCAGGUUAAGAUCCCAUCCGACCUGGCUUUUUACUUUCUGUCCGACUUCACGUUGCGCCAGCAAUGGGACAAACAUUUCCUGACUUGUGAGGUCCUGCAGGCUGUGAGUGAAGAGGAGAAAAUAUAUUAUGUGACGUCUCCCCCCAUAAGGGGCUAUGAAUCCAGAGACUUUGUGAUUCUCGUGUCUCAAAGGCAACCCUGCAAGCCACAUGAACCCUACACUGUGGCUGUGAGGUCGGUGACCCUCAGGGCAGUGCCCCCAUCCCCGGAGUUCUCCAGGAGUGAAGUCCUUUGUGCCGGGUUCCAGAUACACACCAGCACCAGCAGCUCCUGUACCGUGAGUAGCUCUGAGGCCUCAGCUCUGCCUCCCUUCAGGGAGCAUCACUUGUGCAUGUCACUGACAACCUGUGAAGGCAACAGCAAAAUACAAACCAAAAAAUGGGUCUGUUCCCCCAGUCUGGUUGUGUGGAACCUGCUCUACCCAACUUUGGCCAAUCUGUCUGUCAGGAAUGAGAUCUAAACUAGGCACUGGAGGUUGCUGUGCACCUAUAGAGUCAUUCAUUCACUCCUAAA